AUGUCCAGAACCACCAACUUCUUAAUUUUAUCAUUGUGCUUCCUUCAAAAUGAAGAAAAUGCUAUUUCUUUAAGAGGAAACAGAACUAUAACAGUUGUUAAUGGACCUGAGAGCUAUGACACAGUACGUGACACACUGAAAAAUAGUCCUUUGAGGUAUAAUAGUCCUUAUUUUUUAAAUAAAGAUUAGGAAAUGGUUUUGGCAUAAAAUGUCUUGAAAUACUUUGA